AUGACUUCUAUAGGCGAGAAGAGGAUAUAUAGUGCACAUGAGGUACUUCCGUCGCCAAUCUUGGCAAGAGACAAGGCACCCAAGAGAUCUAGAUUCACAAGAGUGCUUAUAUUCACUCUAAUUGCGGUCAGUCUGCUAUGGCUGCAAAGCUGUCACUCGGUCAAUGACUAUAUAGUCCGGCCAUUCAAGUCAUCCAACAAGAAAGUUAAUAUCAUUUUCAUGAUCUCUGAUGGCUAUGGUCCAGCUAGUGAAACUUUUGGACGUUCAUUUCAUCAAGCUGUUCAUCAUAACACAUCACCUAAUGCCAAUUAUAAAGCACCUUUGGACAAGCUCUUAAUCGGGUCUCACAGAUCACGUUCAAGUGAUUCUCUUAUCACUGAUUCCGCUGCAGGAGCAACUGCCUUCUCAUGUGGUCUGAAAAGCUACAAUGGAGCAAUUGGCGUUGAUGCAAAGGGUGAACUGUGCGGAACAGUUUUGGAAGGUGCAAAAGAACAAGGUUGGCUAACAGGUGUUGUGGUUACGAGUAGAUUGAGCGAUGCAACACCUGCUGCGUUUUUUGCACAUGUUGCAUCAAGAGGACAAGAAAGUGAUAUCGCAAAUGAAGCUUUGGGAUUGAUGAGCAAUGGAACUGCUUAUCGUGAUGCUCCUUUGGAUUUGGCAAUAGGAGGUGGAGGUUGUUACUUUUUGCCAAAGUCAAGUCCUUAUUCAUGUCGACAAGAUGAGCAGGAUUUGGUUGGUGCUUCAAAGAAGAAAGGUUGGAACACAAAGAUCCUUUUCAAUCAUGAUGCUUUGAAAGAAGGCAUAGAAUCACCCUCCGAAUUCCAUGCUGACGAGGCUGCCAUCACGCAUUCUGCAGUGGACUUCAAGCCCGAAGAAGCACAAGCAUUCAUGGAGGAAGACAGCCAACUUCCCCUUCUGGCAUUAUUGGCCCCUUUCAAUACACCUUAUGAGAUCGAUAGAAAGAAGUCAAUCCCGCCUCUUCAUUCUCUCGCUCUUAAGGCGAUCAACACACUCGACCGUUCUCCUCAUAAUACCCAAGGAUUUUUCGUCAUGAUUGAAGGUUCGCAGAUUGACUUGUGUGCUCAUUCAAACGAUCCAGCAUGUCAUGCAAGAGAGAUUGCAGCAUAUCAAAAAGCGAUUGAGGAAGUACAGGCAUGGGUGGAUAACAAAAACAAACAAGGAGAAAAGACGAUUCUGAUCAGCACCAGUGAUCAUGAAACUGGCGGAUUGACGUUAGGACGACAACUGACUUCUGAUUAUCCUAAUUAUGCAUAUUACCCUGAACGUUUGAUUCCUGUUCAACAGUCAGCCGCUUCUUUGUCAGCACAUUUGAUUGCUUUUGCUCGUCAGCCUACGCCACCAAGGGAUGAUGAAUUAGAACAAUUUGUACGACAAGAAACACUGGGUAAGAAUGGUGCUGGCUUCCUUCCAGAAAACGGCGGACAGCCAAGUGACGAAGAGGUGAAAGCGGUAUUGGAUUGUAUCCCUCAAACACCAAGUGCACUCACACCACCUCCAAUUAAUACGGCGGAUAUCUGUCGAGCAGUGAUUGCUGAUCUCAUCUCUAGACGUGUGGAAGUAGGAUGGAGUACGAGCGGUCAUACAGGAGUAGAUGUACCUGUUCAUGCUUCGGGCCCUACAAAGGAUGUGGACGGAUUGCGUGGUAAUAUCGAGAAUACCCACAUCGGAACAUUCAUAGCAAAUCAAUUGGGCAUCGACUUAGCAGAUCUAACGAAACGACUGAAGAAGCAACGUUCACAGAUCUCACAUUGA